AUGAAGGCUGAUGGCCAUACCGUGGCCUCUUUCGACGUGCUGUACGGGGAUCCCAAGCCCAUGAAACAAGAUGUUAUGAAUUUACUUACACCAAGUGGAUUCGCGUUGGCCGCUUUGGCAAUCCUCAACUGCAAAAUGGAUGGCUUUGUCAGCUUCCUUGGUCUUCUUUGCAGCAGCUAUGUCACUGUGAAUGCCGGCACACAUGGGCGGACACCUUUCCAUCCUCUGGGAAACUCACACUACCCCAGCGUGCAGUUGUCAAAUGCCCUUACUUCUCGGACCUGCCUCUUGAUCUAUUUGAUCACUGCGAUGGGCGGCGUAUGGAUUCUCGAGCAACCCAGAAGCUCCUUAGUGAGUUGGCAUCCACGGAUCAGGCUUUUAUGGAAAUCCAUCCCGAAGGUAUGGCAGGCGGCGUGGUGGGCCGCUCACUACUGA